AUGGACUCGCCUCUGGGCCUGUUCCCGCCAGGCAUGGAACACAAAAUGUACCCUCUGAUGGACGUGGAGCAUCGCGCGCCGCCGCUAGAUGCACAACUCUUCACAAAUGUCAAAAAGAAAUGGAGACCAAAGGGGCAACACAGCGCACCGCGUGGCGGCCCUCCUAGAUCGUGGACCAACGCCGAGCUUACAGAGGCAUUACAACACGUUUGGAACAAGAAAAUGACAACAAGCCAAGCAUCACGAAUCUUCGGUAUUCCGUACAAUUCAUUGCUGAUGUACGUACGCGGUAAAUACGGAAAGAGCCUGAAGUUAGAGCAGCUGAGGAAAGACUGUAUCGGCGGUCCGCUAGAUGUGCUGAAUCUUAACUCCGGCCAUAACAACAACAAUCAACCUUCAAGCAAACAUCACGAAAAAGACGAGCAUCAUAAUGCGAGCCAAAGACCGGCGAGUUCCGAGCCAGACAUCGCCUCGAAUCCAAUGUUUAAUCCAUUCCAACAAGGGUUUUACCCAGAGUUCCCACCAGGGUUCCCAAUGCCGCUCAACAUGCUGCAUCUUCUCCCGCCUAGCGAAAAAACGAGGGAACUGUACCAGUCGAUGCCCAUGGCUCUGGACUCGCUGUCAGGAACAACAAAAGAGGAAGAUUGUAAGAGUGAUAGAUCAAAGGAGAACUCAGCUGACGAAGAGGGAGAUACAUACCGCACGCCCUCACAUGUAGCGCAUCCGGCGGACAAUCGCACGCUUCUGCAUCACAACGGACAGGAGUAG